ACUGACUUAUCUAUUAUUAUAAUACAAUCUGAGAAAGCUAUUCAAGAAGCAGAUGUAAAUGUUAUAUUGCACAAUUGUUUGUGGACAAAUCGAGUACAAGAUAUUGAGAGGUGUUUGAAGAAGUAUUUGGAUAACAAGAAUAAUGUGGAUAAUGUGGAAAUUAUAUUAUUGUUGACUUGUAUUAUUGAACGUGCUUUGGGUGAUGUCUUGUUAUUGAAAUGUAAAUCUGUGCCGUUUUUGCUGAGGGACUUGUUGGACACUCAGGAGUUGCUGUCGAUGAUGGGAGAAACACCUGUAACAUUCACCAAAACUUUGCUCGGCAACCCCCAAGGUUUAAAUCUCAGAAACAUAGUCUGACACGGCUUUGCAAAUCCUAACGAAAUACACUCAUCGUAUCCAGCUAUUUUAUUUAUACUACUCGCAUCAUUUGGAGAAAUCCUAAGCAAGCACGAACUGACAAAACAAAUUAUACACAGACCUUUAAUAAAUACAUAUUUAUCCAACAUAAGUAACAAUCUUGCAAGCAUCGAUAUUGACCAAGUUUUGCCAAUAAUUGCACAAACAAAGUGUAUUCCUGUUAGUUUCCACCCAUACUGGACUCGUAUAAUUAAUUAUUACAAAACCAAACACUGGUCAAGUUGUGCACUUUUAUUAAUUCCACAAUUUGAAAGCAUGUUUAGAUAUAUUUUUUGCACAGUCAAUAACCAGCCUGAUAGAUUAUUGACUGCAGAUUGCAAAACGUUUUAUACGACACUUGAUGAAAUUUUUGAAGAAACUGAUUCGAACAAAAUAUACCAAGUGUAUGAUUACAACUAUUUAAGUCUUGUGCAUGAUGUUUUUGUAUAUAUAUCAGGACCGAGACUACGGGAUAAAUUAAGUCAUGGAGAGAUUGAUGUUGAAUCUUUAGACCAAAAUGUGGUAAAAGUUUUGUUAAUUUUGGUAUCAUACGGAGUUGUGGUAUUUGAUAACAAGGUUUGUCCUGCGUGGUUAAAAUGUGUUGAGACUUACAAAUGCUUGUACCACAAAAAUGCUGUAUUUUUAAAACAUUUGCAAGAUGUUUUAUUUGAAACCCAAACCUUACACAAUAUUUUAACACCCGAAGACUUUAAAUUAAACUUAACACACAACAAAUAUUCAACAUCCACAAUCAACAUAUCAGCUAUUUUAGACCACAUCACAAAUUUACCAGUAUCAGUGUUCUUUCGACCAAAAAUUGAAAAAGAAUUAGUGACAAUACUCAAUCAAAUUAUGGAAAAUCUAUUUCUAUCUAUUAAAAAUUUCAAAGACAGUUUGGAUAUUAAAUAUAAAGCUUUUGUGGAACGUACAUUGAGAUCUAAGAGACGUGCAACUUAUCGACAGUUGUUGCAAUUUUUACCAGAUUUUUAUGGAGCUGUUUUGAGAUUUUGUGGGUUUUUGUUGCGAGUGUUUGAGAUGGUGCAGGAGGAUAACGAGGAGAAGACUUAUACGAACUUAUUAAGAUUUUUAAAAUCAAUGCUACAAUGUGCUGAAAACUUAACGAAAUAUUUACAUUCAGAACAUAAUAAGUGGAAUGAAUCACUAACGAUGAUUGACAGGACUUUUGAAGACAUGAAG